AUGUCGCCCAUUUUCUUGCUUCUUUUGGCCUUUCCAGCGGCUUUUUGUGCAAAGACAACUACCGUGUCGCCUCGUUAGUUCAUCUUUUCCUGCCAAAAAACCUCCCAAAUAUUGAUUCCAGCUACAUGUCCCGAUAACACUUGGAAACUUUUCUCAAGGACGGAAAAUCGUUUCUGGUGCAUCAAGGUCAGUUUGAAAUGAACAUUUUCCAGCUCACAAUGAAGGUCAUUCCACUUUGCGGUUGGGCGUCUCCGGAAUAUAUAUUUUUGAUCGGCCAGAUGAAGAACUUGAAUGCAAAACUUCUUUGUUGCUGAGAAAGUUAAAUUCAACCGCCAGCAACUAUUUGGAAAGCUGUUUUUUUUAUCGCUCUUCUCAUUUCUUUUUGAAUUAUAUAUUCAUAUUUUGUUUCAUGUGAGUGUUAAAAAAUUGUAGAACAGAUACAAAAAGAGCGGUGAACGAGCUUUUCAAAUAGUCGGUGGCGCUUGCAGUGAACUCGUGCUAAGGUCGGGAUAAGUUGACUUUAACAUUUCUCAUCUUGCGACGACAAUCUGACCUGCUGUCGGCCUCUUUUCCCUCUCCGAUGAUGUUUUGAAACAACAUUAACGCGAAAACUGAGAGAAGAGAGUGUGCAGACAAAUCAGCAUGCAUCAAGUCAUGGCAAAUGAAAAUAAACUUUUUUUCAGUACUUUGAUGGAAAUGUCAACAGAUACGAUGCUCAAUCUGCCUGUGAAAAGAUAGGAGCGACUUUGACUGGAUUCGAAAAUCAAGAGGAAUUCGAGUUCCUUCGCGGUAAUGAAGGCCUAACUUCACUUUUCACUACACCCCCGAAUUCUUUUCAUAUUAUGAAAAAAAUCUCUUCAAUGCAUAUAGUAUGUUCAGAUUUUGAAUGUCAAGUCGUCACUCAAGCUCCGCCCCUAAUUUGCGAUAAACGAAUCAGAGAGUGAGCCAUUCACAGAGUGUUUUUCAAUGACGUCAUUUUACUUGACAUUAAAAAACUGAACAGUCUAUAUCGAUGCCGUGUUCAAAUUGAUCGCGCAAAAUUAAAAAGAUCCGUCAGAGAGUGAAAAAGAUAACUAAGUUAGAAACAGAAAUAGUUUUGAAUUUUGCACACCCUACCUCCAUCACGGCAUAAAUAUAUAUAUAUGGGUUUUCAUGGACCAUCUUCCCAUCUCGUCAAAAUUGGAAGUUUUCAAGAGUCAAGAUCCAUCAAGAAAUUUCUUCAAAAAUUUUUUUUAACUCAAAAAGUAACAUUUGACUCACCAGAAAGGUAAAAAGAUCCCAAUUUGUAUAAAAUACCUCGUUUGUAGUGAACCAGCAUAUGAUUAAAAGUUCUAAUCAAAAAGAUGAUUUCUCAAAACGACUUUUGGAAACAAUUUUCAGACACUGCGGCUCGCGAAAUCUUGAAGUUCGGACUCAAAUACGGAGGAGCUUACUGGAUCGACGGCGUCCGAACUCCUCAAUGCCACGGCUACCGCAACAUCAACUGCACUGCAGUGGAAGUAAAUAUCAAACAGAUCGGGUCCAUACCAUGGACCCAAAUCCAUGAAAAAAGGGCUGCAAAAACGGCAUUUUGCCAAGCAUAAAUGUCAGUCAUUCGUUGCGCUUCAUUGAUAACUGCGGCUUAGGCGCAGGCGUGGCCUGCGCCCUAUUUAGGGACAGGCGAGCAGAAAUGCAUUUCGUUUUAAAUUGGGCGCAGGCCGGCUCGACAGUCUCUACAGUUUGUUCAGAUUUUGAAUGGCAAGUCGUCGCUUAAGCUCCGCCCCUUUUAGAGUGGUAAACCAAUCAGAGAUCGAGUCAUCCACAGAGCAUUUUCGAGUGACGUCAUUUUCGAGUGACACGCGGACCCAGUGGCGUUAAAGUUUCUGGAUUUACAGAAAAAAUUUAGUGCGCGCUACGGAUAAAAUUACGUCACAAUUACACUGAAUAUUCAACGUUAAUAAUUUGUUUGUUCGAUCGCCUUCGGCUAAAGUACUGUAGAUUUCAAAUUUCGCGCCAAUGUUUUUUUGACGUCUUGCCACCCCGUUUGGGAACGCCGUGCGCUCAGCAAGUAGCAACGCGGACCCAGUGCUUCAAGACUUUUCUACGCGCAUCUCCGCUCCGGCCGGAGACACAUUUUUUUCCAUUUUCAGUUAAAAUCAAGAUUUUAGUCGUUCACCUGGUCAAACGACUACACCAAAGGGACGUUCGCUUUCACAAAGUUCGAUAAUUGGGAACCUAACAACAGCCAGGCGCAGUAAGAUUUCAUUUUUCUUGAGAUAAUUUUUGAUCCAAUUCUAGCGGUGAAGACGAAAACUGCCUACAGGGACUGAUUUACUUAGAAUAUCCAUCGAUUAACGGAGUCCUCAAUGAUUUCGCGUGAGUUUUCCAAUGACUUUUGUUCAUCUCAACGCAGUUGAAGCUGUUCGAGAGCCGUUGUGAACUACCCCUUGUUUGAAACAUCGACAACGCGCGGAUACUUCUGCGGACAGAUGGCCACGGUACCUCAAAGUCACUCGGAAGAAGAGAAAGAUUGUGAGUCUUUCUUGAAAAAAUGAUCUUCAAAAUUGAGUUAUCAGGCUCUUCGGAAGAGAGAGGAAGACAUCGUCAUCAUUCUUCCGAAGAGAAGAGAAGACAUCGUCAUCAUUCCUCCAAAGAGAAAAGAAGACCUGGUCUUCAUUCUUCUGAAGAGAGAAGAAGACCUGGACAUCAUUCUUCUGAAGAGAAAAGAAGACCCGGAUAUCAUUCUUCUAAAUUAAUAAAACGACCUCCAACUGCUGAGGAAAUCAGAGCUCGUUCUUGAGGAAAAAAAGAAUGGAGAAACUCUCGACCUGUUGUGCAGCCACCAGAAAUAAAGUCUUUCGUUUCAAUUCACGGAUAUAAUCGAAAGACGAUGCUGCCCCAUGUCGCUCUGAUGACGCGCCUGAAUUCUUUCGCCGCGAGACCUCUUGUCGCGAUCUUGCGCCAAAGUUCUCGUAAUAUCGCGGUUUACUUGCUCGUAUAUUUGGAUGCCCAGUUGUCGACCGGCGAUUUUGUCCGUGCCGGGCAAACUCUUUCCGAAGACUGA